AUGCGUCUCUUCGCCUUUGGAUCAAACGGAUCCGGCCAGCUAGGAAUCGGCCAUCAAGAAGAUGUCUCAGAGCCCACACAAUGUCUCUUCACGACACACCCCGAGUCAAAAAUCACAACUGAACAUCUCAAUGAAGAAAUAAAAACCAUCGCAGCAGGUGGAAACCACACCCUCCUCUUUACAAAGUCCGGUACCGUCUACGCAACAGGCGCCAACCAAGACGGGAGAUGUGGACCACUCUCAAGCCCAACUACCAACCCAGAAAAUGUCUUCAACCGCCUCGCAUUGAGUGGCGGUUCGGGCCCUGUGACAUCAUUCACCCAUGUCUCCGCAACAUGGGAAGGGACCAUCCUGGUAGCUCCAGAGUCAGACGCUGAUCGAGUCUACGUGUUCGGCACGAAUACGAAAGGCGAAUUGGGCGUGGCGGAGCCAUUGAUCGCGGACGGCGCGUGUAUUCAUGAUUUCCCACCGCCUGGUACGCGGGUCACUGCGUUAGCGAGCGGGAUGGCGCAUUCGGUGGCUGUGCUUUCGAAUGGGGAUGUGUGGGGGUGGGGCGCGGCGAGGAAGGGACAACUCGGUAGUGAGAAUGUGGUCAAGACGACCGCGCCUGUGCGUAUUCAUGUUCCAUUCUUUGCGGAGGAGGUUGUUUGCGGGAGUGAGUUUAGUGUUGUUUCUGGGGGCGGGCAAUUUGUUGUUCUUGGUGAUAAGGGAAAUCGAUGGGGUAUUAUGAAGGUGCCUGAGUGCUUUAGGGUGCCUGGUGAGGCGAGUGAGUCGAGUGGGCUCAUUCGGUAUAAGUAUUCAGGGAUUCGAGCUAGCUGGCAUGGUGUUUAUGUGCAUGCAGCUGGGACUGGAGGGUCGGGGUCUGAGGUUGCGUCGCUUGUUGCUUGGGGGCGCCAUGAUCGUGGUCAGAUUCCACCGAGCACACUUCCUGUGCCUGCUAUGCUCGCUGUUGGUAGUGAGCAUGCCGUUGCGCUUUUGGAGGAUGGUCGAGUUGCUGCUUGUGGGUGGGGAGAACAUGGUAAUUGUGGAUCGGAUCUGGAUGCUCUGCGAAAUGUCGCGGAUCGAAUGAACAUCAUUUCGCUCCCUGAGACUGUGGAUGGGAAGGUUGUUGGAGUUGGAGCGGGAUGCGCUACUAGCUGGAUGAUUGUGGAUUGA